AUGGCUUCCGAGGAUCAAUCGUCUCAAGUGUUUGAUGAUAAGGAGCACCGGGCUGCCUACAUAUUUGAUCCUGCAGAUGAAGCUGAUGGAGCUGUGAGACCUGCAAAACGCAGAAAGGUCUCCAAAAAGCAUGACAAAGUGCCGAAGGAGCCCACACAAGCAGAUGCAACACUAUUCCAGCCUCUCUUUGAAACGGAUGCCGAAGUUGAAGCCACUGUGCGAUUGCGACAGACCCUUUUCCAAGAAGCAUGGUUAAAUCUCGACAAAAGAAUCCAUUACGUUCUGAGGGAGGCCAACCAGUCAACAUUGAAGAAUGUGACAUCGUUUGUCCGCGAAUCGCCCGCUCGGGAUGACCAAGACAAGAUCCCCUCGGGUUUCAUUGUCACGGGUGCAAAUAUCGCCUCGCAGGAACUGUUGUUUGAGCAAUUAUCAGAGACCCUGCAAGAUCAUGCCGACGCAAAGGUUGUGCGACUACGCUCAGCAGAUGCAUCCAACCUCAAAGCUGCCCUCAAGAAGAUCAUACAUGAUGUCACUGCCAGGGCGACGGAGGAUGGCGAUGACCUUGAAGUCGCGGUAGGCAAAGAUGGACGUAAAUACCUAAACUAUGACCUUGAGGCCCUUCACAGUCAUCUCAAAGUCAGCCCUCGAACCCAUAUUAUUAUUUGCUUCCAGGAUAGUGAGGCUUUUGAGGCUGGCCUUCUGUCGGAUCUCAUUUUAUUGUUUAGCUCCUGGCUCGAUCGAAUCCCCUUCGCGCUUUUGUUUGGAGUGGCGACGUCCGUUGAACUUUUCCAGGCGCGGUUGCUGAAGUCCACAUGUCACCACCUUUAUGGCGACAAGUUCGACGUGGAACAAUCGACAUUUGUGAUAGAGAAGAUUUUCAAGACCGCUGUCGCUCACGUUGACGCACCCCUGCGCCUUGGCUCAUCUUUACUCCAGGCUCUUCUGCAACGUCAGCAAGAGCAAGUGGCUGGCCUUUCAAUGUUUGUGAACUCCUUAAAAUAUACAUACAUGUGUCACUACUACGCAAAUCCCUUGAGUGUCUUCUUAGCGCCAACCCUUGAGCACGACCUGUUAUCGAAAGAGACAUUCGAUAUUGUGCGAUCAUUGCCGUCUUUCCGCACUUUCAUUGAGCAUACUCUAAGCACAGGAGAUAUUCAAACUGUGAAGUCCUUACUCGAUGACGACAAAGCACUUAUCGAACGCCUGAAGGUGCAGCAGCAUUCGUAUAAUCAGUGGACACAGCUUCUACUCAGGAACGUCAAUAUCCUGACAGCAUUUCCCACAACCGAGCUUGAUUUCGUGCAAAUUUAUCUGGACACCAUAGCCAACGGUAUUGAUAUGUUGGACGACCACAAAGACUUCAUAGACGCAGUGCAGCGGGCUAGCCCUGAUGAAAGUACCUCAUUCCUUACCCGCAUCCUGGAAAUCUUUCAAGAUGGCGACAACAGCACCGGCCUGAGCGGAUGGGUGGAAAAAGACAAUGGAUGUGUGACAGCGCUGUCAAAGAUUCUGGUUGAGAUCCGCAUCCUCCAGGAAACGGCCGAAGAAGACGGCAUUGCUCUAAAAAGCAAGUAUAGUGGUCAUAACAGAGUUCUCCGGACGACAGUCAUCGCUCAGAAAGUGCAGCUCAGCCAAGACACGGCUAACCUGACGGAGGAGGACAAGGCGUAUACAGGGUUGGUUGAAGGUUUGGUCGACCUAUUGAAGUUGAUGCUCAAGACGGAUAAAGUUGAGGAUAUCCUCUUUCACGAGGUGUGGUUUUAUGAUCUCAAAACACCAUACAAAGACGUUUUCAUUCCGCGACCUCGCGCAGUUGUCGAGAGGGCUCUGUCGCGGCCACACGAUUACCUGGGCUGUUCUUGCUGCAGCUCUGUGGAAGACGAAAUGAAACCGACGCUUCCUGCAACAGCCAUCCUCUACCAUCUCUAUCUCGAAACUGGAUCGCUCAUAAACGUCGCCGAUCUUUGGUCCGCCUUUUAUGCAAUCGUCGGCGACGAAAACAACGAUGAUGGCCUAGAUGAACGCACCACACUAGUUUUGUUCUAUCGCGCUAUUUCUGAGUUGAAAGCUUUGGGCUUUGUCAAGCAGAGCAGGAAAAAGGCGGAUCAUAUUGCAAAAUUGGCAUGGCACGGACUAUGA